AUGAGAGAAUCACCUAACCACCGUCAUCAUCCCACAAUGAAAUCUCGCCUACACAAAACAUUUUCCCGAGAAGAAUGAGACUUAAUAAUCAAAAGAAAUGAUUUUGACAAUGUUUCCAAGCUUCGACUCCGAGAUAGUCUAAUUCAUGGAGUCCCAGACGAUCUUCGUGGCGAGAUCUGGGCAUAUUUAACCAGAGCUUCUCAAUUAUCCCUUCAAUUUUCAUCAGGGGUGUAUAAUAGACUCUUUGAAAGUAUUGAUCCAAAUAUAGCAAAUGCAAUAGAACGAGAUCUACAUCGGACAUUUCCUGAUCAUUUUUUAUUUUGUGAAAGAGGCGGAGAAGGCCAGAGAGCUUUGUGCAAUAUUUUAUAUGCCUACGCCAAUUAUGACCCAGAGGUCGGGUAUUGCCAAGGAAUGGGAUUUAUUGUGGCCUGCUUAAUUAUGCAAAUUUCAAAUGAAGAAUUGGCUUUUUGGGCUUUUGUGCAAGUCAUGUUCGAGUAUAAUUGAAGACUUAUGUUUACGUAAGAGAUAUGCAGAAAUGGGACACCGAAGCUUAUUAAUAUGAUCAAAAACACAGAAAAAAGUAUAAAAUAUAGAUUCCCAGAAAUUUUGGAGCAUAUCGAAGAAAAUGAGCUGACCUUGGUAUCGUGUUUUGCACAAUAUAUGGUCACAAUAUUUUUAUAUGAUACUCCGCUUGAUAUUUCUGUGAGGAUUAUGGAUUUGUUUUUGCUUGAAGGGGAAAAAUUAAUGCAUAGGCUUUUAUCAAAAAUGCUGGAACUUAAAAGAGAAAAAAUCUUAGAAUUAAACUCAGAGGAACUUUAUCAAUUUUUAAGGAGGAGAAUGGUAAAGGAAUGCUUUGAAGAGUACCAUCUAGGAACACUAUUCACUGCUUUUAGGAAUGAUCAAGAACUUGAACUCAAUGAAAUUGAGCCAGCUUAA